GUAACUAGUAAACAAACAUACAACCCCUCCUUCGGCAGUCAUCUUCACUCUAACCUCUAUCUGCACCCAAUAAAACCCUAAAUCUCUUCACUCAACAUCCAAUUGUUCAAUCAUCAAUUCAAUCCACUCGCUUCAAUCACAAAACACUCGAAAUCCUGCAAAAUGCCUCCAAAACAAUCCAAAGCAGAAGUAGCAAAGAAGCAAAAAGUCGUAGAAGACAAGACAUUUGGCCUCAAGAACAAGAACAAGAGCAAAAACGUUCAGAAAUAUGUUCAAUCGCUUCAGCAGAAUGUUAUCCCCAAACCUGAUCCAUCAAAGCUCGCUGCAAAGAAAAAGAAAGAGGAAGAGAAAGCUAGAGAGAAGGAGCUGAAUGAUUUGUUUAAGAUUGCUGUUGUUCAACCUAAAGUACCUGUUGGGGUGGAUCCAAAGUCUAUAUUGUGCGAGUUUUUCAAGGCUGGUCAGUGUGCAAAAGGUUUCAAAUGUAAGUUUUCGCAUGAUUUGAAUGUACAGAGGAAAGGUGAGAAGAUUGACAUUUUCAGUGAUAAGCGUGAUGAAGAAACAAUGGAGGACUGGGAUCUAGAGAUGUUGGAAAAAGUUGUGGCGUCAAAAGGAAAAGAAUAUAACCAAAAUAAACCAACCGACAUUGUUUGCAAACACUUCCUCGAUGCAGUGGAGAAAAAGCAAUACGGUUGGUUCUGGGUUUGUCCAAACGGUAAUAAAGAGUGUCAUUACAGACACGCUCUCCCUCCGGGGUACAUCUUGAAAUCCCAAAUGAAGGCACUUUUAGAGGAAGAGGCUAACAAGCUAGCUAUCGAGGAUGAGAUUGAGGAUCAGCGGUCUAAGGUAAAAACAACAACUCCUAUGACUACUGAUCUUUUUAUGCAAUGGAAGAAGAAGAAGGUGGAUGAAAAAGAAGCUGGCUUGGCUGCACAGAGAGCCGAACGGGCUAAGAAUGACAGGAUGAGUGGGCGGGAGUUGUUUCUUUCUGAUGCGAGCGUGUUUGUGGAUGAUGCUGAGGCAUAUGAGAAGUACAACAGAGAAGAAGAACCUGAUAACACCGCUGAUAAGGCACAAGAAAAUUCAUCUUCAGGGGGACCAAGUACAUCAACAAAUGUGGCUGCUGCUGCUUCUGAAGACGGGAAUUCUGAGAUCAAUGUUGAUGAUGACGACGACGAUGAUGAUGAUCUGGAUAUGGAUGAGUUGAAUGAACUUGAAGCAAGCUUGGCAAAAACAUCUAUUCAAAUCAAGGAACCCGUAAAUUAAACCUCAUAUUGACGGAAUCACAAUCACUUACCUUACCGGGAGAAACUCAACCUAAUUUUAAAAGAAAUCAUCAUCCCGUCACGAUAAUCAUGGAGGUAAUUUGGCGUUUACUGGAUUUUCUCAUGUGUUUCAUGCAAUAUAAGCAGAUUGUAGAAUGCAAGUUUUGAAUUUUGUUUCCAUGCUUGUUAUGAACCGAACUUGGUUUGGACAUUCAGUUCUAGAGGUUUUGUUCUACGCACUAAAGUUAUGUGGCUACAUAUUUGUAUGAAAACUAUUUUCUUAAAUUUCUCCUUUUUUGGGAUU